AUGGAUGAGAUUGGAAAUCGAAACAAAAAAAUUUCUCUUAUUAAUUUAAAAGAUUAUUCAAGAACAAAUUCUCAUUUUAAUUCUCGAGCAAAAUCAUCUGAAGAUCUUUUAACAAAUAAGAAAAGUAAAUGUGAAGAAAAUCAAUCAAUAUUUAUUGAUUAUUCAUUUAUUAAUCAAACAAAUUUAUCUAAUAAAGAAGACAAUUCCAAUCAAUAUGAUGAUAAUUCGAUAUUAAAUCUUCCUUAUUAUUAUGAUAAUAUUGAUCGUGAAAAAAGUGAAUCAAUUCUUCGAUUAAUAAAUCGUCCAGGAUGUUUUUUAAUUCGUAAACAUCAAUAUAGUUGUUCAUCUUUAAUUGAAAGUCCAUAUGUUUUAUCAAUAAUAUGUCCUUCAUUAAAAAUUGUUCAUUAUUUAUUAUAUAGAAUAAACGAGAAAUUAUUCAUUAAACCAUAUUCACAAGAAUUUUAUCAUUCAGUUAAAGAUUUAGUUAAUAUACAUAAACGAAAUCCAGGUAUAUUACCUUGUAAACUUUUAGAAUAUCCAAUACGUCUUUCAUUAAAUAAUAAUGAUGAUACAUCUUUAUCAUCAUCAUCAUCUUCUUGUUCAUCAUCUUCAUCUUCAUUUAUUAUUGAUAAAAAUAAAUUAAUUCGUCAAGAAAUUAUUGGUCGAGGUCAUUUUGGUAUUGUUUAUAAAGGAUUAUAUAAUGGAGAAACACAUGUAGCUUUAAAAACAUUUUCAAUUUCAUGUAUUUUAUCAUCAGAUGAACGUGAAUCAAAUAUAUUAAAUGAAGCACGAACAAUGAUGUAUCUUAGUCAUCCAUAUUUAGUUCAUUUAUAUGGAAUAACACGUUAUGAUAAUCAACUUUGUUUAGUAACUGAAUAUAUAUCAGAUGGAUGUCUUCUCUUUUGGCUUCAACAACAACAACAAAAACAAUUAUCAUUAACAUCACAAUUUCGUCAUCGUCUUGUUAAUUUUUCUUUUCAAAUUUGUGAUGCUAUGACUUAUUUAGAAUCAAAAUCAAUUAUUCAUAGAGAUUUAGCUGCAAGAAAUUGUCUUAUUGAUGAUGAAGCUAAUAUUGUUAAAGUUGGAGAUUUUGGUAUGGCAAGAUUAAUUCCAUCAUCAUCAUCAUCAUCUGAUAUUUAUGAAGGAAGAUGUGAUACACCAUUUCCACUUCGAUGGUCUUCUCCUGAAGUUUUACUCUAUAGAGAAUAUAGUUCGAAAUCUGAUGUUUGGUCUUAUGGAAUACUUCUUUGGGAAAUUUAUUCACUUGGUAAACUUCCUUAUGGUGAAGUUAAUUCAAAUGAUCUUGUUACUCAAUUAAUUAAAUCAGGUCAUAUGCUUAGUAAACCUUCGUUAGCAAAUCAACUUAUAUAUACACAAAUUAUUUCACCAUGUUGGACAUUAAAACCUAAUGAACGACCAGCAUUUAUUACUAUUAAAGAAACUCUUAAUAGAAUUCUUAUUCUUUUGACUAGACCGAAGCCAUUUAAUUGA